ACACAAAAUAAUACUGAGAUUAGUGGUAUUAAUGCAGUGUUAGUGGUCGAUAAUUCCAGAGUUUGAAUCUGCUGAGUUGAACGCCUGAAAGGAGAAAGCGGAGACCUCUUACUCCAUCUCUGCCGAUCCUCUCUUCAGCUUUACCAUGUCUGACGAACCAUUUCUCACUCGUUGGAGUUUUCAGGAUUUUAAGUUUUUUUAUGAUGCAAAGUUUGGAAGGAAGAGAGAGCCGAAGCCGGAGGAGGAGGAUGCUGCAAUGGCUAGUCAGAGCAACGGGAAUACAGCAACCAAUGGAGGGACUGCGACUCAGAAUGGUGGGAGAAAGCGCGAGCUUGCCGUUUACGAGCAGUAUAGGAAUCAGGCUAGUAAUGGGACACCCUCAAAUGGAGUUUCGGCAAAUGGUGCUCAGGAUAAUAUUGUGCAGAAGCCCAUGCUUCCUCCAUUUGAAGAUGCAGAAACACGUAACCUAGCAGAAAGUCUAUGCAGGGACAUUAUUCGCGGGAGUCAAGAUGUCAAUUGGGAGAGCAUAAAGGGUCUUGAGACUGCUAAACGUCUUCUUAAAGAAGCAGUUGUCAUGCCUAUCAAAUAUCCUAAGUAUUUCACUGGACUAUUAUCUCCAUGGAAGGGCAUACUUCUGUUUGGCCCCCCAGGAACAGGAAAAACUAUGCUGGCAAAGGCUGUCGCUACAGAGUGCAAUACCACAUUUUUCAAUAUUUCAGCAUCAUCUGUUGUUAGCAAAUGGAGGGGUGACUCAGAGAAAUUGGUGAAAGUACUUUUUGAGCUUGCCAGGCAUCAUGCACCAUCUACUGUUUUCAUAGAUGAGAUUGAUUCAGUUAUUAGUCAUCGUGGCGAAGCACGUAGUGAGCAUGAAGCUAGUAGGCGUUUGAAAACUGAGCUCCUCAUACAGAUGGAUGGCUUGAGCAAAAGCAACGAACUUGUUUUUGUCUUGGCUGCAACAAAUCUUCCUUGGGAACUGGAUGCAGCUAUGCUACGGCGACUUGAGAAGAGAAUACUUGUACCCCUUCCUGACCCGGAAGCACGAAGAGGUAUGUUUGAGGAACUUCUGCCAUCAACACCUAAUGAUGAUCAAGUUCCAUAUGAUGUAAUGGUGGAAAAAACCGAAGGAUACUCAGGAUCAGACAUCAGAUUGGUGUGCAAAGAGGCUGCCAUGCAGCCACUUAGGCGAUUGGUGACAGUCCUUGAACAGAAGACAGAAGUCAUCCCUGAGGAUGAAUUGCCUCCAGUUGGACCAAUUGAACUCAAAGAUAUUGAACUGGCCUUGAAGAACACCCGUCCAUCAGCUCAUCUACAUGCACACCGUUAUGAGAAGUUUAACGAAGAUUAUGGGAGUCACAUAAUCCAAUAAGAGCUACAACUCAUAUCAUCAAUACGUUGCACAUUUGAUCACAGUUGCGUUUCACUAGGGGCAAGUGCAGUUUGUAUUUAUGGCAGGUCGACUCAAUUUCGUUAAUGAGAUUAACUUCAGCUGAAUUUUAUGGAGUUCCCACCUUGGUCUCAAGUUUGUGAAUUGGGUUGACAAUUCAUUCCUUAUUGUAGUUUUUGGUCCAAGAUAAAGGCCGAAGGGUCAAUAAAUUGUUGUUUUUAAAAAAAAAAAAAAAAAACUCUUAAAAAA